AUGCAAGUCAUACGCCUAGCGCAAUGGGAAUGUGGGGAUUUAGCUGCUUUACUUCGAGAGGCCCGUACAAUUCAAGAUAGAUUACGCUCGUCGACACCGAAUAGCCUUAGCAAGGAACGUCUGGCAAAAACCAUUGCAAAACUCGUGUUCGAAGGGAAGAUUAAUGCUGCAUUAAAACUCCUCGAGCAGAACAGUAGGGGCAUUUUGCCACUAUCCCAAAGCACAAUAAAUGAGUUAACACGAAAACACCCAGACGCCACUGAAGCAGAAGCAUCUGUACUGAUAAAUGGUCCAAUACCUUUUGUUGACCCUGUUAUGUUUCAAAACAUAACAGAAUCUACUAUCAUGAAUGCUGCACUAAAAACAAAAGGGUCAAGUGGACCUUCGGGUAUAGAUGCGGAUGGUUGGAAGAGGAUACUCGUGUCAAAGAACUUUGCAACUGUUGGCCGAGAUCUCAGGUGUGCAAUUGCCACCUUUGCACAAAAAGUCAGCACGAUAGAAAUUGAAGCUACAAUGGAAAAUGACAGAAGGUGUACUAAUCUGGAAGCCUAUUUAGCUUGUCGAUUGAUUCCUUUAGACAAGAACCCAGGAAUCAGACCUAUAGGGAUUGGAGAAGUGCUACGGAGGAUUGUGGGAAAGGCUAUUCUAUCAGUCAUAAAGCCGGACAUCAUCAGCUCAGCAGGAAAUCUACAACUGUGUGCAGGCCAGGCAAGCAGAUGUGAAGCUGCUGUACACGCAAUAAGAGAUAUCUUUGAAGCCCAGUCUACUGAUGCAGUGCUUCUUGUAGAUGCAGAUAACGCCUUCAACUCUCUCAACCGUGCUGUCCUACUUCAUAAUAUACGUUAUUUAUGCCCCCCAAUGGCUACAUACAUAAGGAACUGUUAUAAUACACCAUCUCGCUUGUUUGUUCUUGGUGGUACGGAGCUCUUGUCAUCAGAGAGAACCACGCAAGGGGAUCCCCUUGCAAUGCCAGUGUAUGCAAUAGGAAUUAUUCCUCUACUACAAGUCAUCAAACCGGAUAAUGACAGUGUGAAACAUGUCGCAUUUGCAGAUGAUUUGAGUGGCGCAGGCAAUCUAGCCCCUCUUCGAACAUGGUGGGAUAAUUUGGUAACAGUUGGACCUAAAUUGGGAUACUACCCCAAGGCGUCUAAAUCUUGGUUGGUGGUAAAACCCGAAGUAGAAGAUGAAGCGCAUCUAAUUUUCGCUGGGACGGACAUCAAGAUAACAACUGAAGGAAGACAGUGCCUUGGCGGAUUUGUCGGUAGUGAAGCUGGUCAGUCCGAAUACAUUGAUGGGCUAGUGGACUCUUGGUGUAAUCAAUUGAUACUUCUGUCCAAAAUAGCAAGAUCUGAGCCGCAUGCUGCUUAUGCUGCAUUUACUAGUGGUUUUAAGCACAAACUGACCUACUACAUCAGAACAAUUCCAAACAUCAAGCAACAACUAACUAAAGUAGAUGAAGUGAUAGACAACACAUUAAUUCCAGCAAUUACAGAAGGCCAUAUCUGCACUGUUGAAGAACGACUCUUGCUGUCUUUACCAGUAAAGAAAGGAGGUCUAGCAGUACCUAUGUUUACCAACAUCGCUGACUUUGAGUAUUUAAAUUCUCGUUACUAA